AUGAAUAUACAAAAAACAGUCAUUUUCCUCUGUGGAAUAUUAUCACUCCUGUGGGACACUGCUCAGAGUGGAUGCUCCUGUACAUCUGGAACUACAUCUCCGGAUGCAAAUGGUGAUCCUCACUACUUCAAUGUAUGCUCAGAUGGGCAACAGAUCCGAGCUAAGUGCCCUCCCUUAACAUUGUAUGUUGAAAGUACAGCCAAGGGCAAUGUGACGAAUUGUCAAGCAACAUACGCAGGAUGUUCCGAAACUUUGUCUGGUUGUGUACCUUGUCAAUACUUCCCAUGGCCGACAAAAGAUGGAUCAGAUUCAGCGACCGGAACUGACGCAGAGGUAGAACUUCCCUCUCCAGUGAAAUUGGCUUCAAUGACACCUCCUGCAUGCGACGCGGUUGGGCCAGCCGCACCAUACUGUGAUCCAUCAUAUUACUGGAAUUGCGAAAAACCUUAUGCAACUGCGAAGUUAAAGCCAUGCCCGCCUGGUUAUGGGUUCUCUACACGCAGAAUAAUUGGUUGUGUUGAUUGGUUUAAUUGGAAUACAGAAGACCCAGAUACGCCAUCAUCAUCUGAAUAA